CUUAGGAGUGGCUGAAGCUGCGGAGCGCUUCAGGAGCCUGUGAAUGAGCCCUCCUCCUCUUCCUCCUCCACCUCCUCCUCGCGGAGUCUCCUCCUCGGUGCUGACGGUACAGUGAUAUAAUGAUGAUGGGUGUCACAACCCGCAUUUGAACUUGCAGGCAAGCUGCCCCAAGCCUUUCUGGGGAAGAACUCCAGGCGGGCGGGCGCAACCGCCGCGAACAUUAGGUGCUGUGGACAGGCGCUGGGACAGGGAUCUGCGGCCAGCCCCGCAUUCUCCCGCAUCCUCCAGCACCAUCCCGCACCCUCAGCGCCCUUCCCCAGGCCAUUGCGCUUCCUAUGUGACCCGCCCGGACAACGCCGAGCCCAUUCGCGCAGCGCUGCGAAUUGUUUCCCACAAACUGCAAUAAGCCGUCUUUCAAGGACAAGAUGGUGAUUAAUCUAAAGAGCAUUUUAUGGGUGUGCUGUACCUUAAUAGCAACCCAGGCACUACGUAAAGUAGAACAAAACCCGCCUGUUAAGGGCUCCCUCUCUGGAAAAGUCCACCUACCUUGUCAUUUUUCAACCAUGCCUACCUUACCACCUAGUUACAACACCACCAGCGAAUUUCUCCGAAUCAAAUGGUCUAAGAUGGAAUUGGACAAGAGCGGAAAAGAUUUAAAGGAGACUACUGUUCUCGUGGCCCAAAAUGGGAAUAUCAAGAUUAGUCAGGGCUACAAAGGGAGAGUGUCUGUGCCUACACAUCCUGAGGACGUGGGUGACGCCUCACUCACCAUGGUCAAAUUGCUGGCAAGUGAUGCGGGCCUCUACCGCUGCGAUGUCAUGUACGGGAUUGAAGACACUCAGGACACGGUGCCACUGACCGUGGAUGGGGUUGUGUUUCACUACCGGGCAGCAACCAGCAGGUACACUCUGAAUUUUGAGGCUGCACAGAAGGCUUGUUUGGAUGUUGGGGCAGUCAUAGCAAGCCCAGAGCAGCUCAAUGCCGCCUAUGAAGAUGGAUUUGAGCAGUGUGAUGCCGGCUGGCUCUCUGAUCAAACUGUUAGAUAUCCCAUCCGGACUCCCCGAGAAGGAUGUUACGGAGAUAUGAUGGGGAAGGAAGGAGUCAGGACCUACGGAUUCCGUUCCCCUCAUGAGACUUACGAUGUGUAUUGUUACGUGGACAGUCUGGAUGGUGAUGUGUACCACAUCACUGCUCCCAAUAAAUUCACCUAUGAGGAGGCUAAAGAAGAGUGUGAAAACCAGGACGCCCAGCUGGCGACAGUGGGGGAGCUCCAUGCGGCUUGGAGGAACGGCUUCGACCAGUGCGAUUACGGGUGGCUGAUGGAUGCCAGCGUUCGCCACCCUGUGACUGUGGCCAAGGCCCAGUGUGGAGGUGGUUUACUUGGGGUGAGAACCCUGUAUCGUUUUGAGAACCAGACAGGCUUCCCUCUCCCUGAUAGCAGAUUUGAUGCCUACUGCUUUAAACCUAAACAGAAUAUAUCAGAGGCUACAACCAUCGAACUGAAUGUCCUUGCAGAAACUGCAUCACACAGUUUAUCCAAAGAACUGCAAAUGAUACCUGACAGAACUACACCAGUCAUCCCUUUAAUCACUGACUUACCUGUCAUUACCACAAAGUUUCCUUCUAUGGGAAAUAUAGUCAAUUUUGAACAGAAAUCCACAGUUCAAUCUCAAACUGUCACACACAGAUUAGCCACGGAAUUACACACACCUGCUGGGAGAACUAAGAAGCCUUGGGAUAUGGACUAUUCACCUUCAGUUUCAGGACCACUUGGAAAGCCAGACAUAUCUGAGAUUAAGGAAGAAGUGCCCCAAAGUACAGCUGUCAUCUCCCCUCAGGCUACUGAUUCAUGGGAUGGUGUCAUGGAAGAGAUACAAACACAAGAAUCAGUUACACAAAUUGAACAAAUAGAAGUGGGUCCCUUGGUAACAUCUGUGGAAAUCUCAGAGCACAUUCCUUCCAAGGAGUUCUCUGUAACUGAAACACCAUUUGUAUCUACAACAAUGACCCUGGAAUCCAGAACUGAAAAGAAAACAGUAAGCACUAUUUCUGAAUCAGUGACCGCAACGCACUAUGAAUUCACCUUGGGAGAAGAUGAUGGUGAGGACAGAACAUUUACAGUUAGAUCUGAUCAGAGUACCUUGGUCUUUAGCAAGAUACCUGAAGUCAUUACAGUGUCAAAGACUUCAGAAGACACCACCUCUACUCAACUAGAAGAUGUGAAAUCAGUCUCGACAAUUGUCUCACCUAUAACUAGGCAUGACAGUGAUGGAUCAUCCGCGGACAACUGGGAAGAGAAACAAACUAAUGGUAGGAAACUCGAAGAUUUUUUUGGCCAGGAUGUAUCCUCCACACCUUUACCACCACAGCAUCAUACAGAAGUAGAAUUGUUUCCUUAUUCUGGUGAUAAAAGAGUAGUCAAAGGAAUAGCCACAGUUAUUUAUCCCUCUCUGCAAACAGAAAUAACACAAGGAAGAGAAAGAACAGAAACACAAAGACCAGAGAUGAGAACAGAUACUUAUACCAAUGAUAAAAUACAGGAAAAGAUCACCAAAGAUCCAUUUAUAAAAAAAAUAGAGGAAGAAGGCGGCUCUGGAAUGAAGUUCUCUACAGCUUUCUCAGAGCAAAUUCAUCUUACAGAAUCUUCCGUGGAAAUGACCAAAUCUUUUGAUUCCCCAGCAGAGACAACAACAAAACUAAGUGUGGUGCCUACAGAGGCAAGAGAUGUGGAGGAAGACUUUAUAACAACUCCGGUUGGUUUAGAAACAGAUGGCUAUCAAGACUUGACAACGAAUGUGGGUAUUACAGCCCACAGCACUUUAGAUGUGGAAGUAGUCACUAUAUCAAAAUGGUCAUGGGAUGAAGAUAAUACAACCUCAAAGCUGUUAGCGUCCACUGAACAUGCAGGCUCUCCAAAAUUUCCCCCUGCCCUACCCACCACUACAGGAGUGAGUGGGAAGGAAAAAGAAAUCCCAAGUUUCACUGAAGAUGGAGGAGAUGAAUUUACUUUUAUCCCAGGUAGUACUCAAAAGCCAUUAGAGCAGUUUACUGAGGAAGAUACAACAGACAAUGGGAGAUUCGCAGUUAGAUUUCAGCCAACUAUAUCAAUAGGCAUUUCAGAAAAGUCAACUUUGAGAGAUUCCAUACCUGAAGAAAGAGUUCUGCCUAUCACAGGCAUGGAAGGUCUAGUUGUUUAUGCAACCAGAGAAGGAAGUGCUUUGGAUGAGGGAGAAGACAUGGAUGUCUCUAGGCCCGUAUCUACUGUUCCCCAAUUUGUACACACUUCAGAUGUGGAAGGAUCGGCAUUUGUUAAUUACAGUAGCACCCAAGAACCUACUACUUAUGCAAACACUUCCCAUACCAGUCCUCUUUCUAUAAUUCCCAAGACAGAGUGGGGAGCGUUGGUACCUUCUGUUCCAUCAGAAGAUGAAGCUCUCGGUGAACCUUCUGAAGACAUACAUGGCAUUGAUCGGACUGACCUUGAGGCAACUAUUUCUCCUGAAACUAUAAGAACAACAGACAUUACACAGAGAACAACUCAGGAAGAAUUCCCUCGGAAAGAACAGACUCCAGACAAACCAGUACCUGCUCUCAGUUCUAUAGCUGAUAUAGCCAAGGAGGCAGUAACACCUUCGGAUGAACAAGAAAGUGAUGGGUCAGCAUAUACUGUCACUGAAGACCAUUCAAUAACAGGUUCUGAGAGAGUCCCAGUUUUAGAAACAACUCCAGUUGGAAAAAUUGAGCACAGUAUGUCCUAUCCACCUACUGCUGUCACGGAGCCCAAAGCAAAAACAGAGGAAGUGGUAACACUAACACCAAGCAUGGGUCCAAAGGUAUCACUAAGUCCAGGGCCCGAACAAAAAUAUGAAAGAGAAGGUACGAGUCCAAAGGGUGUUGUAUCACCUUUCAGCACCAGUGUUACCCAGCUUUUAGAGGAAACCACUGCUGAGGAAAGAGAGAAAACAUCCUUAGAUUAUACUGAUUUAGGCUCAGAAUUAUUCAAAAAGCCCAAAGCCACAGAACUCCCAGAAUUUUCAACUAUUAAAGCCACAGUUUCAAGUGAUACUACUACAGCCUUCAGUUCAGUAGUCGGACUUCACACAACUUCAGCAUCCACUGAGCUGCCUCUCAUUGAUGGGGAACCUGGUGAAGAAACCACCAGUGACAUGGUAAUCAUUGCAGAAUCAGCAGCUCCUGUUCCUCCCACCACCCUUAAGGAUAUUGUAGCCAGGCGAACGGAAACUGAUAUUGAUAGAGAGUAUUUCACAACUCCAACGCCUCCUUCUGCUACACAGCUAACAAGACAGCCGACUGUGGGAGGCAAAGAGGCCUUCAGACCUCAGCCACUUUCCACUCCAGAACCCCCGCUGGGGACAAAAUUCCACCCUGACAUAAAUGUUUUUAUUAUUGAGGUCAAAGAAAACAAGACAGGUCGAAUGAGUGAUUUGAGUGUAAUUGGUCAUCCAAUAGAUUCAGAAUCUAAAGAAGAUGAAUCUUGUAGUGAAGAAACAGAUCCAGAGAACCAUCUAAUUGCUGAAAUUUUACCUGACUUAAUUGAAAUAGAUCUAUACCACAGUGAAGAAGAGGAAGAGGAAGAUUGUGCAAAUGCUACUGACGUAACGACCACCCCAUCAGUACAGUACAUAAAUGGGAAACACUUGGUCACCACUGUGCCCAAGGACCCAGAGGUGGCAGAAGCUAGGCGUGGCCAGUUUGAAAGUGUUGCACCAUCUCAGAAUUUUUCAGACAGCAGUGAAAGUGACACUCAUCAGUUUAUAAUAGCCGAAACUGGAUCAUCUACUGCCCUGCAGCCUAAUGAAUCUAAAGAAACAACUGAAUCGCUUGAAAUUACAUGGAAACCUGAGACUUACCCUGAAGCACCAGAACAGUUUUCAAGUGGUGAAUCUGAUGUGUUCCCCACAGUCCCAUUCCAUGAGGGAGAAGCCACGGAGGAACCAGAAUCAGUCACAGAGCGAGGUCUUGAACUUGAUAAUCUGGUACGUGAACAUACUGAACCUGUACCUCUCUCUUCUGAAGAAUCUUCAGGAGAUGCUGCCAUUGACCAAGAAUCCCCAGAAAUGAUCUUUUCAAGAGCUACUGAAGUAAUAUUUGGUGAAGAGGCAGAAAAAAGUACUUCUAUCACAUACACUCCAAGUACCGUCCCAAGUUCUGUGUCAGCAAAUGUUUCGGAGGAACUAUCAGUUACCUUAAUGGGAAAUCCCCAGCCUGCUGACCCGUUGUCCACUGUGGAAAGCCGCGUGCAGAUAACACCGAGACAAACUGGAGAGCUCUCAGGGAGUCUUUCAAUUCCAAUUUCCGAAGGCUCUGGGGAAGCAGAAGAAGAUAAAGAUAAAAUGUUCACUGUGGUAACUGAUUUAUCACAGAGAAAUACUUCAGAUACACUGGUUACUUUAGACUCUAGCAAAAUAAUGAUCAUAGACAACCUUUUUGAUGUUCCUGCAACUGUUUACUCGGCUUCUGAACAACCGUCUGCAGAAGUAGUACCUACCAACUUUGUAAGGGAAACAGGCACUUCUGAGUGGGUUUCCGGUACAUCUCUUGAGGGAAAGAAAAGGAAAGAUGAGGAGGAGGAAACUACAGGUCCAGCUGCCACAUUUCAGCUACAUUUGCCUACACAGAGAUCAGAUCAAUUAACUUCACCCUCUGAAUUAGGAAACUCAGAUGAAGCGACAUCUAAUGAUUCAGUAUCUGCUGCCUGGAACAGUUUUAAGUCUUUGACAACACCCACACAGUCUGAAAAGGAAAUGACAAGUUCUACUCUUGUCUUUACAGAAACAAAUGUUUCAGAUAAUCUGGGGGCUCAGACCACUGAGCCCCACAGCAGCAGUCAGCCUGAAGUUCAGGAAGGGUCCACUGUUCCAGGUAGCCCCAUCUCUCUCUUUAUGGAGCAGGGCUCUGGAGAAGCUGCUGCUGACCAAGAAACCGCCACUGUUUCUUCAUUUUCAUUAAAUUUAGAGCCUGAAAUCCAAAACCAAAAGGAAGCAGCCAGCAGCACUUUGUCUUCCUAUGUAGAAACUGUGUUCCCUUUUGAGCCAACAGGACUAGCUUUGAAUACUGUGAUGGGUAGAGAGAUUACUGAAAUUAUAAGCCAAACAUCCAAGGAAAACCUGAUAUCAGAGGUUUUAAGAGAGCCAAAUAAUGGGGCAGAAAUAAAUGGCUUUUCCACAGAUUUUCCUUUUUUGGGGGAAGAUUUCAGUGGUGAUUUUAGAGAAUUCUCGACAGUAUCUCCUCAAAUAACAAAAGAAGAAAGAGUAAUGAUGGAAGGCUCUGGGGAUGCAGCAUUUAAGGAUACCCAGAUUUCACCAUCUGCAGCACCCACUUCAGAUCACAUCAAUCACAUAGCUGACUUGGAAGGACCAGGUGGCACUUUGGUUGGCACUUCAGCCUUCCCUUGGGAAGAGUUCACAGCCUCAGCCGAGGGCUCAGGUGAGCAAUUGGUCUCAGUCGGCAGCUCCGUUGACCAGCUGUCUCCCAGUGCUGUGGGGACUCUUGGUACAGAAUUCCCAUUUAUUGACCAACUGUUGGGAGAAAGUACUAUCAAAGAAGUUGAUAAAAGACCCACCAUUUUACCGGGAGCAGAAGCUGAAGGGACUGAAGCUCCAAUAGUAAACGGGAGAGUGAAAGUCAAUGGCACAGUUUCAGUGGACUUUCCCCAGACCAUGGAGCCAACCAAAUUAUGGUCUAAGCAAGAAAUCAACACCGUGAGGCAAGAAAUUGAAAGUGAAACAGCAUCAGAGGAAAAGAUUCAAGAACAAAAAUCUUUUGAGUCUCCCCAAAGUUCUGUCGCACCAGAUCAAAUAAUUUUUGAUUCACAAACAUUUACUGAAACUGGACCCCGAAGCAUAGAUUAUUCUACACUAACAACAAAGAAAACUCACAGUACUGAUGAGGAAAUGGAGGUGGAAGUCAUUCCCUUGAUUGACAUGCCUGUUCCAGAGCCAAGUGCAAAGGGUUUGGAACCCUACACUACGCUCCCUGAAGUUACUGAAAAAUCCCAGUUUUUCUUAGCUACUGCCUCAGUGACUGAAUCUAUACUAGCUGAGAGGAUAGUUACAGAUCCAUCAAUCAAAGAGGAAGAAAAUAUAAAAUCUUUUCCCAAAGUUAUGAGACCGGUAUCUAAAGAGUCAGAUAUUGACCUUUUAUUCUCUGGACUGGGGUCAGGAGAAGACAGUUUGCCUACUACAGCACCAGUGAAUUUCACAGAAAGGGCACAAAUCAUUAGCACAUUAUAUCCCCAGACUUCUCAAAUGGAAAGCUUAGAAACUAGCAUCUUAAGUGGUACAACCAAAGAGUCUAAGGGAAUGGAAAAUGCGGCAAAUGAAGUUCGCCCACUCUUUUUCAAAACAGAUAACAUCUCUGAAGAUACUGAGCUGGCACCCAACACAACAUCGCUAGAAAUUUUAAGUGACACCAGGACAAAAGUACCAUCUAUGGCACCUCUCACCUUCUCUGCAGACACUGAGCAUCCUCCAAAUCAGACUCCCAGUUCGGCAGAAGAAAUCCAGACUAGUAGACCACAACCUACUGCUGCACAAGUCUCUAUCAAGAAUUCUUCAACAGGAGAAAUUAGAGAAACAGCCCCCUCUUCCACUGAUUUUCCAGCUAGAACAUAUGCUCUUGAGAUGACCGAAGGAUCUGUUACAUCAGCACCACAACCAUCUGACUUGUUUCAUGAACAUUCUGGAGAAGGAUCUGGGGAAUUGGAUACCGUUGAUUUAGUCCACACUUCUGGCACUACACAGGCAACCAGGCAAGGCAGCACCCCAUUUGUUUCUGACGAAUCCUUGGAAAAGCAUCCCGAAGUUCCAAGUGCUAAAACCGUUACGGUUGCUGGAUUCCCAACAGUGUCAGUGGUGCUGCCUCUGCAUUCAGAGCAGAACGAAAGCUCCCCUGAUCCGAAUACCACACCAUCAAAUACAGUGUCGUAUAAGAGGCCCACAGAAGGUGCUGAGGAUAUUUUCCACGACCAGUUCAGGGGAUUCGAGGAUUCCACCUUAAAACCUGACAGAAGAAAAGCCACUGAAAAUAUUAUUAUAGAUCUGGACAAAGAGGACAAGGAUUUAAUAUUGACAAUUACAGAGAGUACCAUCCUUGAAAUUCUACCUGAGCUGACAUCAGAUAAAAAUACUAUCAUAGAUAUUGAUCACACUAAACCCAUAUAUGAAGACAUCCUUGGAAUGCAAACGGACAUAGAUCCAGAGAUACCAUCAGGACCACAGGGCAGUAAUGAAGACGGCGCCCAAAUCCAGGAGAAAUAUGAGGCUGCUGUUAACCUUUCCUUAACUGAGGACAACUUCGAGGGCUCUGGUGACACGGUUCUGGCUAGCUAUACUCGGGCAGCACACAAUGAAUCGCAGACGUCCGAAGACAGAAGCCAAUUAGAUCACGUGGGCUUUAUCUUCACAACUGGGAUCCCCAUCCCGAGCGUAGAAACAGAAUUAGAUCUUUUGCUUCCCACAGCGACAUCCCUGCCCAUUCCUAGUAAGUCGGCCACCGUUCAUCCAAAUAUUGAAGAACGAAACAUUGAAGCAAAAGCCCUGGAAGACAUCUUUGAAUCAAGCACGCUGUCUGAUGGUCAAGCUAUUGCAGACCAAAGUGAAGUAAUAUCAACAUUGGGUCAUUUGGAAAGGACACAGGAAGAGUAUGAAGAAAAGAAAUAUGUAGGUUCUUCUUUUCAGCCCGAAUUCUUUUCAGGCGCCGGGGAGACACUGAUAGAUUCAACACCUCACGUAAGUAUUGGUACUAUCCACCUUAUGGCUCAGAGUUUAACAGAGGCACCUAAUAUGACGGAAGGAUCUAAUCCCCCAGAUUACACUGCUUUUGCAAAGUUGUCCUCUCAGACACCAUCAUCUCCAUUCACUGUCCACUUAGGCAGCGGAGCCUCUGAACACACAGAGGGCCCCCAGCCAAGUGCUCUGCCUGGUGUGGAUGCCAGCGUAUCCCAAAUGUCCCCAGGAAGGCUUGCAAAUAUUGACGUGACUUUCAAACCAUCAAGUGAAGAAUACUUUCACAUAACCGGGCCUCCACCUUUACCUCCUGACACAGAAUUAGAACCUUCAGAAGAUGAAAGUAAACCUAAGUUAUUAGAACAAAUGGAAGCUUCUCCAACAGAACUAAUUGUUGAAGAAAGAACUGAGAUUCUCCAAGAUUCCCCAAACAAAACCAAUGUUCAACUUUCUGCAGAAACAAUCAAGGUAUUUCCUAGUAUGAGAACACCUGAGGCUGGAACUGUUGUUACAGAGGCGAGUGAAAUUAAAUUAGAAGGUGCUACACUGUGGCCACAUUCUACUUCUGCGACUUAUGGGACUGAAACAGGUGUGGUACCUCAGCCCAGCCCACAGACUUCUGAGAGGCCCACUGUUCCUUCUUCUCUGGAAAUAAACCCUGAAACACAAGCAGCUUUUAUCAGAGGGCAGGAUUCCACAGUAGCAGCAUCAGAACAGCAAGUAACAGCGAGAAUUCUUGAUUCCAGUGAUCAGGCAACAGUACAUACUGCAGAGUUAAGUAUUGCGCUUGCAACACCAUCACUUUACCUUCUGGAAACUUCUAAUGAAACCAGUUUCCUGAUUGGCAUGAAUGAAGAGUCAGUGGAAGGCACAGCAGUCUAUUUACCAGGACCCGAUCGUUGCAAAACAAACCCGUGCCUUAAUGGAGGUACCUGCUAUUCUACAGAAACUUCCUAUGUAUGUACCUGUGUGCCCGGAUACAGUGGCGACCAGUGUGAACUUGAUUUUGAUGAAUGUCACUCGAACCCCUGUCGCAAUGGAGCCACAUGCAUUGAUGGGUUUAAUACAUUUCGGUGCCUCUGUCUUCCCAGCUAUGUUGGUGCACUUUGUGAGCAAGACACUGAGACAUGUGACUAUGGCUGGCACAAAUUCCAAGGGCAGUGCUACAAGUAUUUCGCCCAUCGACGCACGUGGGACGCAGCCGAACGGGAAUGCCGUCUUCAGGGUGCUCAUCUCACAAGCAUCCUCUCUCAUGAAGAACAAAUGUUUGUGAAUCGUUUGGGCCAUGAUUAUCAGUGGAUCGGCCUCAACGACAAGAUGUUUGAGCAUGACUUCCGUUGGACUGAUGGCAGCACACUGCAAUAUGAGAACUGGAGGCCCAACCAGCCAGACAGUUUCUUUUCUGCUGGAGAAGAUUGUGUUGUAAUCAUUUGGCAUGAGAACGGCCAGUGGAAUGAUGUUCCCUGCAAUUAUCAUCUCACCUAUACUUGCAAGAAGGGAACAGUUGCUUGCGGCCAGCCCCCUGUUGUAGAAAAUGCCAAGACCUUUGGAAAAAUGAAACCUCGUUAUGAAAUCAACUCCCUGAUUAGAUAUCACUGCAAAGAUGGUUUCAUUCAACGCCACCUUCCAACUAUCCGUUGCCUAGGAAAUGGAAGAUGGGCUAUGCCUAAAAUUACCUGCAUGAACCCAUCUGCAUACCAAAGGACUUAUUCUAAGAAAUACUUUAAAAAUUCCUCCUCAUCAAAGGACAAUUCAAUAAAUACAUCAAAACAUGAUCACCGUUGGAGCCGGAGGUGGCAGGAGUCGAGGCGCUGAUCCCUAAAAUGGCGAACAUGUGUUUUCAUCAUUUCAGCCAAAGUCCUAACUUCCUGUGCCUUUCUAUCACCUCGAGAAGUAUUAUCAGUUGGUCUGGAUUUUUGGACCGCCGUCCAGUCAUUUUGGGUUGCUGCGCUCCCAAAAACAUUUUAAAUGAAAGCAUUGGCAUUCGAAAAGAAAGCAAACGAAAUGAAAGAAAAUGAGGGCAGAAAGUAACCAUUUCCAGCCUAUCUGAUUUAUUUAGUUUUCUAUUUGCCUCCAGUGCAGACCAUUUUAUAAUGUAUACCAGCCUACUGUACUAUUUAAAAAGCUCAAUUUAGCACCAAUGGCAAUGUAAAUAAGAUGAUUUAAUGUUGAUUUUAAUCCUGUAUAUAAAAUAAAAAGUCACACUGAGUUCGGGCAUAUUUAAUGAUGAUUAUGGAGCCUUAGAGGUCUUUAAUCAUUGGUUUGGCUGCUUUUGGUAGUUUGUUUAGGCUGGAAAUGGUUUUACUUGCCCUUUGACUGUCAGCAAGACUGAGGACGGCUUUCCUGGACAACUAACAAACACAGAGUCUUGUAGGUCAUGCUGUACCCUCUCGGCCGUGGGUGCCGUUUGCUUUCAUGUGAUGCUGAAGCCCGGCUAAUGGGAUCCUGACAGAACGAGGGACUGCCAUGUGGGACUCUGCUUUGUUGCAUUCCUUUUUCUUCACUUACAAGAAAGGCCUGAAUGGAGGACUUUUCUACGACCAGGAGCAAUUUUUUAGGGGUCGAAGUGCUAAUUAUUAACUGAACCAGGUCUACUUUUUAAUGGCUUUCACAAAACUAACGUGCAAGGUUCCAGAUCAACAUGUUUCAAAUGGAUAUAGACCUAGGGCUCUGGAGGGUGGGGGAUUGUUAAAACAACACCACACAUUCAAAGAAAGAAAUUUUGUAUAUAUAACCAUUUUAAUCUUUUAUAAAAGUUUUGAAUGUUCAUGUAUGAAUGCUGCAGCUGUGAAGCAUACAUAAAUAAAUGAAGUAAGCCAUACUGAUUUAAUUUAUUGGAUGUUAUUUUCCCCAAACCUGAAAACUGACAUAGUACGCUAGUUAUUUGUCAAUGUUAGCCUUUGUACUUCCCUCCCACAGCUUGAAACCAUAUAAUCUAGGUACUUUGUCCCCAAUUAAAUAAUGUGAUGGAUAGAGUGCAUCAAGUGUUUAUUAUGAAAAGUGUGGAAAAGUGUAUAGCUUUCAGUAUAUGGUGUUCGCCAUUCUAAGCAAGGAGCAUAUUAUAGAAAUAGUGUAGGCAUUUCUGCCUGGUAGGUCGAGUAUAUUUGUUGAAAUGUCUUCCUAUCUCUUCUCACUCGUUUUCUCCCCUUUAUUUGAAUAAAGUGACUGCCGAAGAUGACUUUGAAUUAUCCACUUAAUUUAAUGUUUGAAGAUAAACCUGUAAUGGAAAGAGGGCAUUUAGGAGUCUUUCCUUAAUUUCAGUUAGAAUGACCUUGAGAAGCAUAGACAGCAAAUAGAUUGCUAAUAGCAAAAGAGCAGUCCCAGCACUGAAUCUUUUUCACGAAAUCAUUUGGCUUAGGAGGAAUGACAGUAGUAGCUACAAUCAUUCACAGUGUCCUUCUGCAAGUUCCCUUGGUUGCUGCCUUAACUGUAAUCCACCUCCUGGUGUUCUAGAACACAGAAUAACACUGUCGGUCUAUAAGGUUUUAAUUUCUCUUCUCAUUACAAUGCACAUAAUACAUUCCUGUAUUUAUAUUAUAACAUGUAUAGUGUAAAAUGUGAAUGAUUGUGGGU